AUGGCAUUCAAGGCUCACCAUGACCUUGUGGAAUUCUCUUUUGAUGAUAUACCCAUGGAGCAAGACUCAGGUUCUCAACAUGAUGACAUCUUUGCCGAUCUGUCGGCGCGUAUCCCUAGCCUACAGCCGCUGUCAUCGGGUGCCAGAGCUGCCACAAGCACGGAACAAAAGAUGUCGCUACUCGCAGGCUUUCAGCUUUAUCCAAAGGCAAUCUCAUGGUCAAUUGUCCUCUCUGCAACGAUCAUCAUGGAGGGCUACGACACAGCACUUCUCGUCAGUUUCUUUACAUUCCCGGGGUUCAAGGAGAAAUAUGGAGCCCCGGACCCAUCUCAUCCCGGAAAUUUUGAAAUUUCCCCCAAAUGGCAAUCGAGCCUGACCUCUGCAGCUGUGGUAGGCCAAAUCAUUGGGCUGUUUCUAAACGGCUUCCUCGCAGAUCGGUUCGGCUAUCGCCGGACGAUACUGACAGCAUUAGUCGCUUUGUGUUGCUUUAUCUUUUUGCCUUUCUUCGCUGUGAAUGUUCAGAUGUUCUUAGCCGGUCAGAUUCUAUGCGGGAUUCCUUGGGGAAUCUUUCAGACCUUAGCCACGACGUAUGCGGCAGAGAUUAUGCCAGUUGCACUUCGGGCAUACAUUCUGAGCAGCAUGAAUAUUUGUUGGUUGAUUGGACAGCUCUGUGCUGUUGGAGUUGCUCGCAGCCAAGCAGGCAAUGUAACGGAGUGGGCAUACCGCUUGCCACUUGCCUUGCAGUGGGCCUUGGCUGUUCCAAUUAUAAUUGGGGUUUAUUUCGCACCGGAGUCCCCAGGGUGGCUGAUUCGCAAUGAGCGACCCGAGGAAGCCAGGCGAGCAUUGCUACGCUUGACUAAAGCGGGAUUCAACGUUAACGAGGUAGUAGCGAUGAUGACGCAUACCAAUGAGACAGAGAAAUACCUGGGCAAUGGUCAAAUCACAUACUUGGACUGUUUUAAAGGGAUUAAUCUCCGACGGACGGAGAUUGCCUGCAUGAUCUGGAUUACACAGCAAGCUUCGUUCUCGAGUUCGGGGACUUACGCAGCAUAUUUCUACGAACAAGCUGGUCUCAGCGUUCAAAAUUCGUUCAGCCUUGCCAUCGGCAUGUACGGCAUAGCUAUAUUUGGCGCCAUUCUGUCGUGGUUCUGGAUGAGACAAGUCGGGCGCCGUAGGAUUUACCUCAUUGGCCUCAUAGUCUCGAUGACUAUUCUCGCGGUUGCAGGUGGUAUUGGGUUCCUACCUACAAGCAGUGGCCAAUCAUGGGCUCUUGGGGGCCUGAUCACCUUCCUCACCUUCGUCUACAAUCUCAGUAUUGGGCCUAUAUGUUAUGUCCUCGUUGCAGAGAUCCCGUGCACCCGGCUCCGAAUUAAGACUGUCAUCCUUGCCCGUAUCGUGUAUAAUGUGGCCUCUAUUGUGACCAAUGUUAUCACCCCACGAAUGUUGAAUCCUACAGGCUGGGAUUGGAAGGGCAAGUCAUGCUUCUUCUUUUUGGGAUUUAGCGCCAUUUGUUUUGUUUGGUGCUACCUGCGACUUCCCGAGACAUUCGGGUUAAGUUACUUGGAGAUUGAUAUCCUGUUUGAAAAGAGGGCUAAAACCAGCAAGUUCCGAGAACUUCAACGGCACCUAGCGAAUAGAGGGUAUUUCAGCGUGCCGGAUGAGACUCAAAAGCAGCCCGCCAUGUGGUAA